AUGUCUGCCGAGGUGUUCAACCCAAACCCAACCAUUUUUGCACCAUCAAAGGCGAAAAAGACUGCCCAUGCGUAUGCAAGGGCCAAUUCGAUCUGGCUUGAAGAUGGCGAGCGGACAGACGAAGACGAAGCCGAUCAGUCAGACGAGCCGGAGGCCAUUGGCCAGGACGAAAUAUUCGAGUUGAUACGUUCAAUAUCGGACCCUGAGCAUCGUAGCAUGACUCUCGAGCAGCUUGCCGUGGUUUCAGCACCUCAGAUAACCUUCGAUCCGAAGUACCCCGACCGCAUCACGGUCGAGUUCACUCCCACCGUGCCACAUUGCGGCAUGAGUACAUUCAUUGGGUUGUCCAUCCGUGUCCGAUUGCUCCGCAGUCUCCCACAGCGUUUCAAGGUCGAUAUCCGAGUGAAGCCCGGUUCUCACCAGAGCGAGCACGCACUGAACAAGCAGCUCAACGACAAGGAACGGGUCGCGGCUGCGCUCGAAAACCCGGCGCUGCUCGACGUGCUCGAGCAGUGCCUCUCCACCGCCGACGGGACGGCAUAUGAGGAGUGA